CAACUAAUUAAGGCCGCGACACUUGACGCAUGCGCUACGGCAUGGCGUUUAAGGGUAUCUCGCUUAUGCACAAGUUGGCCGGUGCCUCAAAGUUUAAUUUUAGGAAUUUUUACACUUCAGUAUCAUUACUGAAAGACUACUACAGUAUAUUAGGAGUCAGCAAGUCAGCUAGUCAGUCUGAAAUUAAAAAAGCUUAUUACCAGCUAGCCAAAAAGUAUCAUCCAGAUGUUAAUAAGAACGACAAGUCGGCGGCACAGAAGUUUCAGGAAGUUAGUGAAGCAUAUGAAGUUCUAGGAGAUGAAAAUAAGCGAAGCCAGUAUGACAAGUUUGGGUCAGCAUCAACGCAAAACAACUUUGGAGGUGGUCAGUCACAAGGUUUUGAGUUUCACUCCAACAUAAACCCUGAGGAAUUGUUCCGGCGUAUAUUUCGUGAUAGUGAAUUCGUCUUCAAUGAAUGGUCUUCUGGUGAUAAGGGCUUCGCAGAAUCAAUAUUUGGGUCUGAUGCAACUAAGGAGAUUCCCAUUAAUCUUACUUUUGAACAGGCUGCUCGUGGUGUAAAUAAGGAGAUCAGUGUCAAUAUGGUGACUAAUUGCCCACACUGUCAAGGCUCACGUGCUGAACCUGGGACAGAUAAGUCCACUUGUCCAAGUUGUCGUGGAACAGGAACUGAGAACAUGAAUACUGGACCGUUUUUGCUUCGGAGUGUUUGUAGGCGAUGCCAUGGCACCGGCACCAUUAUUCGAAAUCCUUGUCGAGAAUGCGAAGGUAAAGGUAGGAUUGUCGGACGUAAACGAGUCAAUGUAUCCAUCCCUGCAGGGGUAGAAGAUGGUCAGGUUUUGCGAAUGUCCGUUGGUAACGACGGUCUGCGUAAUAACGAAAUAUUUCUGCAAAUUCGUGUGGAGAAAAGCCGACAUUUUCGUCGUGAAGGUGCGGACAUACACUCAGACAUCACUGUUUCACUUUCCCAAGCUGCUUUAGGUGGCAAAAUGCGGGUACAGGGAAUUUAUGAAAAUAUGCUUAUAACUAUUCCGGCUGGAUCUUGCAGUGAUGAUAGGAUUCGAUUGCCAGGUAAAGGGAUUAGUCGGAUCAAUGGAUAUGGAUAUGGGGAUCAUUAUAUACAUAUUCAUAUUCAAGCUCCUAAGAAGUAAACUAAAACGAUUAACAAUUAGUUAUGCGUUGUUUUAUCAUAAAACGACGCAACUUUUUUAUGGAAAUCAUGAUGAGUCACGUAAGGAUAAAUUAAUAUUUUAUGUCACAUACUUUGUUCAACCAAUCACUGAAAACCAGUAAGCACUGUGUAGUUGUUUCGUCUUAUUAAGGAACUCCUCGACAGUCUUGAUCCAACGAUGUACCAGGGAUCGAACCCAUGACCUUCUGGCCUCGUAGUAAGCGUUUUACUUCAAAACCACUGAGUUCACAUUCAGUGGUUCAGAUUUCUAACUGCAGUCACCUCACGAUAUUAGGUAACCAUCAACCAUUGCGAUUGGUGGUAGAUCGUUGAAUUCUCAAUUUACAUCACGGAUUCAACCGUCUUCAUAACAAUUCUAUACAAAUAAGAAUACAAAUCAAAUUUUUUUCAGUAAGGAACUAUCCAAUUAAAUGAUCUGCGGUAAAAAAAGAGUACUCAAAAGCGACUUCGAUUACACUAAACUCUGUGUCAUUUAUGUUUGACUUAGUUGAACUUACUGGAUGCAAUUGGUGUACACCAUGUACUAAUCAACAAUGUGAUUUCUGAUUCAAUUACAAAAUGUUAUAUUCGCUCUAUUUCUCACUAACGAAAUACUGAAGUGAAAUAUUUUCUUAGCUAUCAUUUUCUAUAGCUGUUAUUAAAUAAAAUUAUCGUUUGGGUUGUUAGAUUUUCAACAAUAAUUCACUUGUCUGUUAUUAUUUCUGGUUUAAAAUUUUAAGAAAAAAUAAUUUUAGGGAUAAUAAAGCGUACUGUUGAUAUAUUUUUUUAAGUUAAUCAACUUUUUCAGUAUGUUAUUCAGUCGUGUUUAUUACUGUUACUCUGUCAUAUCCUAUUGGCAGAUAAAGUGUUCAUUCAUCAGUAGAUAAAUGUUUGAUGUAUUCAAUGGUUAUGUGAAAGACGUGGCAUAAAUUUUUGUUACCAAAAUAAAAGUAUUAUUUAAUUUAAAGUCGAAAUAAAUUAGGCUUUCUUUUUCAGAUUUUCCAUUUAGGAAAUCUUAAAUUACAUAUAACAUUUGCUUCAUAAAAUUCAUAUUACUGAUAACAUUUUUAAAACUCAUCUACUCGUCACUUGUCUUGAAUUUGUUCUCGACUUUUAUUGUCUGAUACGAAAACCAGGUAGUUUUUAAAUGUCUGAAGUUCAAGUUUCCAUAUGUAAAUGGUAGUUCAGUUGAUUUGUACCAUAUUCGUUCUUGUUUAUUUCCUUGAUAUUUUCACUUUAGUUUUAUUAAAUUAUAGCUAUAAGUGUACAUUAGUAUGCACAGAUGAAAUGUCCAUUAAACAGUAGUUUGUGAUGCAAAACAUUCUACACACAUAUCCCAACAUAAUUUAGUUUGGGCAUAUUGACGUUUAUGAUUUUAUAUGUAUCGAUUCUUGUAGGAAACUAACGGAUCUUCAACGCGCCCUUCUCCUAGCCUAUGCCGAGACAGAAAAUAACGUGACUGGUUCAGUUGAAGGCGUAACGUCGACCGACAAACGUCUUCGCCAAUUGUACGAAAAUUUGCGAGACACGUUUGGCCGAAAUUCGGAAACACAGUCGAGAGAAACGUCUGACUUUCAUUCGGACAAUCAGGUUGAUAGUAGGGAGGAAACGGAAUCAUCCGGUGUUUUGGGUCGAAUAACUAACGGUCUCAAAUGGUUAUGUGAUACAACCUUAAAGGGUUUGAGAAAAUAGAUGGUAAGCGUGCCAUAGACACUACACCGGGCUUUAUUCUCUCUCGUAUUCGACUGGCUAUUCAAGAUCCAAAUGAACCUCAAGAAGAAUCAAAGUCUCAAGAAAUUGAUUCAGAUACUGUAGUGAAAAGUUCUAGUAAAGAUUGUGUGUAAUAGUUUUUUGCAGAUUCAUCUUUUCAUCUAUAAUUACAUUUCAUUCUCUCUGGUUAUCAUGCUUUAGAAAGUAUUCAUUCGUGAUUGAUUUGCAUUUUGUACAUCUGUAAUAUAUAUUAUAGUGCCGAAUAUUUGAUAUUCUGUUUUCAUUUCUUUUCAUUUUAAAUUACCUACUGAUUAUUGUUUGAAUCAAUGUUUAGUGCGUGAAUAUACAGUAAAUUAUCACUUGUUUGUUUAAGAAUAUGCUUUUUAGAUUAACUGUCAUUCUUUGUGUCGCUUUAUCCAUUUGGACCAAACGUUUUGGUAAUGGUGACAUUUUAAAGAAAUUAAACAUUUCUUUAACCACUAGUUACGUCACUGUAAUUCUAAAACUUCUAAUAGUUGGUGUUCUUACUAAAAUGCAUUUUUAACACUUGUACUAUACAUAGUGUUUACAUAUUUAGAUAUUCGUUUUUGAAUCAUCCCCAACUGAAAUUUCUAAAUGCUCUCGAUUAUUGAUACAUAGCUUCAAAUGUUGUAAGACUAUGUAACUAAAACUUCUGCUAUGAAAAGCCAUCCAAUAAUACAACUCCAGCAGCUCAGG